GCAGACAGGUGUAGAGAUGCGGCUUGGAAAAGGAGAGCAAAACGGCUGAGGGACAGAGACAGCAGGCGGAAUAAAGCAAAGAGAGUGAGAGAGGAGAAAGGCAGCACACACAGAGCAGUUGGAUGCUGACAAGCUCGCAGGCGGAGGAGACCGAAGACGCUCACACUCCGCAGGACCGGCCGCUGCAUCAGUGAUGAGGACGUUGGAGGACAGGAGCAUCUUUGCAGCGGCAGCUUUGACAUACCGAGGUGAACACUAAUGGUGGAGGACAGAAUCACGUGGCAGCGCUGAAGGCUCCUUUGCAAUCCGCAUAUGGAAUGUUUUGAACCAACUGUAAAUCAUUAAAGAGGAGAAAAACCAGAGUGGUCAUGGAUUUCAACGACAGCCACAAGCCAACUGGGCUUCCCUUCAACACAAGCGUGGACUACGAAGACUACUACCAGGAUCCCGACGCCAGCAACAUCAUCAUCCCGUCCAUCUACGCUCUGGUCUGCUGCGUCGGCCUGACGGGCAACGCCAUGGUCAUCUACGUCAUCCUCAAGUACGCCAAAAUGAAAACGGCCACAAACAUUUACAUCCUCAACUUGGCCAUCGCCGACGAGCUCUUUAUGCUGAGCGUUCCCUUCUUGGCAACCUCGGCCGCCGUGCGCCACUGGCCCUUCGGCUCGCUCAUGUGUCGCCUGGUGCUGAGCGUGGACGGCAUCAACAUGUUCACGUCCAUCUUCUGCCUCACCGUGUUGAGCGUGGACCGCUACGUGGCUGUCGUGCACCCCAUCAAGGCGGCACGCUACCGCAGGCCCACCGUGGCCAAGGUGGUGAACGUCUGCGUGUGGGGGCUGUCGCUGCUCGUCAUCCUCCCCAUCAUUAUCUUCGCCGACACCGUGCCGGCUCACGACGGCGCUGUGGACUGUAACUUCUUGUGGCCCGAGGCGGCAUGGUCUGAAGCCUUUGUGGUCUACACUUUCCUUCUGGGCUUCCUGCUUCCCGUGGGGGCCAUUUGUUUGUGCUACUGCCUCAUGGUGGCCAGGAUGCGAGCAGUCGGGUUGAAAGCCGGCUGGCUCCAACGGCGGCGCUCCGAGAAGAAGAUCACCCGCAUGGUGCUGCUGGUGGUCGCCGUCUUCGUCCUCUGCUGGAUGCCCUUCUACAUCGUUCAGCUGGUCAGCGUCUUCCACCGCCCCCCAGACCCUAUGGUGACACAACUCUUUGUCAUCCUCAGCUACGCCAACAGCACCGCCAACCCUAUUCUCUACGGCUUCGUGUCGGAUAAUUUCCGGCGCUCCUUCCAGCGCAUCGUGUGUUUCCGCUGGCUGGAGUCCGGCAUGGACGCGGAGCAGGUGGACUACUGCGCCGUUGCCGUGAGGGGACAAGGGCCCACCUGCGGACCGCUCGAUUUUCCCAAAGAACUAAUGGCCUCUGACAUGGUGUUCCGCAAUGGAACGUAUACCUCACGCACAACCACCGUGUAACGAAAUAAGACUGUCGCCAAAACGUGUUUAAAAAGCUUCAAACAAGUAAGAAUCACAGUACAAAAAAAAGGAAUGUCAUGGGAGUUACGUGGAUUACAAAAGCUUUAAAAGUGUUCUAUGGAUACCAAGUGUUUAUACAACGUGUUGUCUCAAUUAUAUAUUCCAUAUUUAAUCUUACCUGUGGAUCCAAAGCUAAU